CAAGCAUUACUGGAACGGAAAAACGCGGAUGCAGAGGAUGAGGACACGGAGAUAGCAGUUGUGGACAGUGGAUAGAUAAGCCACUUGUGCUGUGCCGGACUGCAACCGAUUCUACCCAGUUUUCUGCUGGGUAGAAAAAAAGGAUUCUACUUUUUUACCAUUUAGUUUUAUUUUACAAGUGUUAAUUGUAUGAGGCUUUUCCUCUUAAAGAAUAUAUGGAUCAGUGGACUGGACGCGGUGAAAAACCAAACUUUUCCUGAUUCGUCUGGGUCGAUAUGGUUUGUUAAUUCAUACUUGGGUGGAGUUGAUACAGAAGGUCGCUGUCGCGUAAAGAAGUUGGUGGUGUUUUUCAUGAAUCGAAUUACUGGACUGUGCCUCUUUUUAAUUUGUUGACUGUCUUUGGGAACUUACAAUUCAAUCCAGAUCAUCUGUCCCUAUUUAUAAAUGAAAAAAUCCGUGUGUGUCUAUACAUUUAAAUAGUUUUUUGGCUUAAUUGGUUUCUAGUUGCUUGCCAUUUAAUUUAAAAUACCAAAAUAAUACCUUGUCAUACAUGGUGCCGGAAAAGUUUCGUUUUUGAAAAAUAGAUCGUUACCAUCAAACGAUAAAUCCAACGCGCAGAAGGUGGAAGGGCAAACCCAACGUCUCCGAGAGUACCAGGGGACUUAUCGCGGUGGCGAGACCGGGAAAAGAUGCUCACUUUGCGGACACGUCGCGACGAAGGCAGCCGUCCCCUUUUUAUUCUGCUCCUCGUCUAUGGAUCCUCUCUUGCGGAAGCAGCAGGUGACUACAGCGAGGUCCUACCGGACUCCUUCCCUUCAGCUGCCGCGGAGCCUCUGCCGGAGUUCCAGCUGGAGCCCGAGGACGGCUUCAUUGUGAAGAACCGCCCAGUACAGCUCCGCUGCCGAGCCUCGCCUGCUACACAGAUCUACUUCAAAUGCAAUGGCGAGUGGGUGAACCAGAACGACCAUGUGACCCGCGAGAGCCUGGACCAGAUCACAGGCCUAGUGGUACGGGAAGUGGAUAUCUCCGUUUCCAGGACUCAAGUGGAGGAGCUGUUCGGCCUAGAAGAUUUCUGGUGCCAGUGCGUGGCCUGGAGCUCAGCCGGCACCACCAAGAGCCGCCGGGCGUACGUGCGCAUCGCUUUCUUGCGCAAGAACUUUGAGCAGGAGCCACUGGGCAGGGAGGUGCGCCUGGAACAAGAGGUGUUGCUGCAGUGUCGCCCCCCAGAGGGCAUCCCUCCUCCUGAGGUGGACUGGCUGAAGAACGAAGACACAAUCGACCCAACACUGGACUCCAACUUCUUGAUAACCGUUGACCAUGACCUGAUCAUCAAGCAGGCCCGCCUCUCCGACACAGCCAACUACACCUGCGUGGCCCACAAUGUGGUGGCCAAGCGGCGUAGCAGCACCGCCACCAUCAUAGUCUAUGUGAGCGGAGGAUGGUCAUCCUGGACAGAGUGGUCGGAAUGCAACGUACGCUGUGGGAGGGGCUGGCAGCGAAGGACACGCAGCUGUACCAAUCCAGCGCCACUCAAUGGUGGAGCCGUCUGCGAGGGCCCACCCUUCCAAAGGGUCACCUGCACCACACUAUGUCCAGUGGAUGGUGGUUGGACGGAGUGGGCCAAGUGGUCAGUGUGCGGGACCGAAUGCACACACUGGCGCAGCAGAGAGUGCCAAGCCCCUGCCCCUCGCAACGGCGGGCGCCACUGCAUUGGCAGUGUGAUGGAGAGCAAGAAUUGCACCGAGGGGCUCUGUGCACGGAAUAAAAAGGUUUCUAUUGAACAUGCCAGCCAUCCGCUCGAACCCGGGAUGGGUGUGGCCGUUUAUGCCGGACUGGUGGGGGCUCUACUCCUUUGCGGGAUGUUGCUGCUGUGUGUGGGUGUGCUGGCAUACCGCCGCAGCUGCCGGCAUCUCCGUGGUGACAUCACAGACUCAUCCUCCGCCCUCACAGCAGCCUUCCAUCCAGUCAACUAUAAACCCCCAAGACAGGACAAUCCUCACCUGCUUCACCCCUCGGCCCCCCCGGACCUAACGGCGACAGCCAGUUCCCUCCGAGGGCCCCUGUUUUCCCUGCAACAGGGGGUGGUAGAUCACAGCCACCACAAAAUCCCCAUGACCACCUCACCGCUGUUAGACCCCCUGCCCAGCCUAAAGAUCAAAGUGUACAACUCAUCCACGCUCUCUUCACUGGAACUCCCAGCCGAGGGAGCAUCGGUCGAUGGUGAGAUCCUCAGCCUGAAGAUGGUGGGCUCCGGGUCCCGGCCUGACUCCCGUGAGCCUCAUAGCCACACCCUCCCCCGUGAGCCCAGCAACAGCACCAGUGCCACCUUGGGGUGCCUCGGAGGACGCCUAACCAUCCCCAACACAGGUGUGAGCUUGCUGGUCCCACAGGGAGUGAUUCCCCAGGGCAAGUUCUAUGAGAUGUACCUCAUCAUCAACAAGUGGGAAAAGACCACGUUGCCAUCAGAGGGCAGCCAGACGGUCCUCAGCCCCGUGGUGAGCUGUGGGCCCACGGGAAUGUUGCUGAGCCGGCCCGUGGUGCUGACUCUGCCCCACUGUGCCCAGCUGGACCCACCCGACUGGACACUCACUCUGAAGACGCAGACUCACCAGGGCGAGUGGGAGGAGGUGCUGACAGUUGGCGAGGAGAGCCUAUCGUCGCCCUGCUACCUCCAGGUGGAGGAGCGGAGCUGCCAUGUGCUGAUGGAGCAGCUGGGUACCUACAGCCUUGUGGGCCAGUCCACCGCACCGCAGCCUGCCUGCAAACGCCUGCAGCUGGCUCUUUUCGCCCCCCAAUCCCCAUGCCUCUCCCUGGACUACAGUUUGCGUAUAUACUGCAUUCAGGACACGCCUCAUGCCCUCAAGGAGGUUUUGGACCUGGAACGCAGUCUAGGAGGAGUUCUGCUGGAAGACCCUAAGCCCCUCCUCUUCAAGGACAGCUACCACAACCUGCGCCUGUCCAUCCAUGACAUCCCGCACUCUCACUGGAGGAGCAAGCUGCUCGCCAAGUACCAGGAGAUCCCAUUCUACCACAUCUGGAGCGGCAGCCAGAGGCCACUACACUGUACCUUCAGCCUGGAACGGGGCAGCCUGGCUGUGUCUCAGCUCACCUGCAAGAUUUGCGUCCGCCAGGUGGAGGGGGAGGGGCAGAUCUUUCAGCUGAACACCGACAUCCAGGAGACCCUGCCACCCCAUUCCCCACUCCCAUCGGGAGGCACCUGUGGCCCUUCAUCCCAGGUGGGGCCAUAUGCCUUCCGGCUACCAGCAUCCAUCCGCCAGAAGAUCUGCGCCAGUCUGGAUGCCCCGAGUUCCCGCGGCUGUGACUGGAGACUGUUAGCACACAGCUUGGGGUUCGACAGGUAUUUGAACUAUUUUGCAACAAAGCCCAGCCCCACAGGUGUGCUGCUUGACCUAUGGGAAGCCUGUCACCAAGGUGACGCAGACCUGGUCUCCCUGGCGACUGCACUGGAAGAGAUGGGCAAGAGCGAGGUGCUGGUUGUCAUGACAACCGACGGAGACUGCUGAUUGGCUCGCAGGCACAGAAACUGCUGUGAUGGGAACCCAGCAAUGCCCAUCCACCAAUGUGCCCAUGCAUGCCAGAGAUUGUUUUAUUCCAUUUCUCUCACACACACCCCGAUAUGUGCCCGGUCCACACCUGCAUCUCCCGCUGAGAGAGGCAUUACCUCAUCGCAAAUUUAACAACUUGGGUUUCUAAGUAUUUCACAUGGUCUCGGCCAUCCCCAUCCAAAUCGUCCUUCUGGAGCCUGAGGUCAGCAUAUGUUCACAGGACAAACUUUUUUCCACAGCUAGCAACUGGAGACAAUUUCUGCGACAAGCCAAGGUUACAGAUUUGAGGCGUAAUAGUUUAAGAAGGUACCACUGUGUGAGUUUGUCCAUGUUAUAUUCAGAGAAAAAAUAAAUAUAUAAGAACUUAGAAGUACUGGGGUUAGAGCUAUAUUAGACAGCAGCCAGGACGUAAGCACGUACCUAGCCAAGCACAGAAACAUGCACAUGUAUGAUGCAUCAAUAUGAAACAUGGAUGGAUUCCAUCUUCCCACACAACAAGCUUUUGUUUCCUAGCGACAGCCAGUUCAAAGCUACAAUUCAAGCCAGCAGCAAAAUCUCAGCAUGGUGGUUAGCCGACAACGAGGGCCCUUUGUCCCCCCCAGGCAUCCAACGUGCUGAUACAGAUGAGUGGACAGCGGAGAAAACCAGUCUGCAGCUGAGCUGCCUUGCACUGAGUUGUCCAGGGCUGUUGUGUCAUUGCUAGCUGACAGAUGACAAGUCAUAUUACAGUCAUUUUUUUGUAUAAGCCACAGUAUGUCCUCAUGGCCAGCAGGUGGCAUGAGGGUAUGCAUGUCCAUUAAAGUGACAGGAACCAGGGAUGGAACAGGUGAAGAAGUAUACUGUCACCUGGCCUGUCACACUGAUACAUGGGAUGUAUCGCUUAUUUUUUAUCCCUCAAUUCUUCUAUAUAAUCUGCCCUUUGUCGUCUUAUCUUAUUGCAAAAUAAGUCGCAGAAGAAUUUUGGUAAACUGUUAAGUUUCCUAUCGGGAACGCAAUUUCUGUUUUUAAUCCAUAUUUUUUGGAUUUUUUCCAUUUUUCACUGUAAUGGUUAUAUUAUUUUUUCUGUUAUGAUUAUAAUUGAUAUCUUUUGUAUUGAUUUAGAGUCCUUGUCACGUUGAUUAUUAGGUUUUUGAAUGAGUUUUCUUGCAUAUGAAGGCAGAUGGAGGAUUUUGGGAAGGCAAGGAGUGACAAGAGGGGGGCAGAGGCGGGUGGGCGUAUUUGGCAGAGGGCAAAAUUCAGAAAUGGAGAGAGACAGACUUUCACAGAGACCACUUUGGCUUCAAGGCCAUAUCACAGCUGCAAGCAAAACUCCCAAGUAUUCAUUCUGAUCAACAGUCCAACAGUCUCCAUUGAGUAUAUGAAGUAAGACUUUGUAUUUAAUUCUGUAUAACUCUUAAAUGUUCAAUCGGUUGUGACUUGCUGCAUGAAUUUGACCUUGUUACAGGUGAGAUGGACAGAAACUGGCUUUGAUUCUAAUUGGCUGCAGUGCCAGUAUGAUAAUCAUGCUUUGAUUCGAAGUGAUUGCAGUGGCCCCUGGGAAAAUCUGGCUUUGAUUUUAAUUGGUUUUAAAGUCUGAAAGUCAAGUGUUGUUCCGAUCUGCUAAGUUCUGGAUGUAAUCUUUAGAUGUCAGUUUUUUUUUUUUAAACUGGUUAUUGAUUACCUCUCACACACUCAAGUUGAUUAUCAGUUAUAUUUGUGGUUAAUCAGCUGCUAUAGUCAGGGGUCAUUCAUAUUACAUGUUUUCAUUUUUUGUUAGGUGUUAUUAUUGUCGCUGUUACUAAUAAUGUUAUUUUUAUUAUAAUGUUUUGUAUGGUUAUUAAGCAAAAGUGUGUGUGAAUCUUGGAAACAGAAAAAAACAGAUGCCCAGUAUCUUUUCCAUCCCGCUGAAGCAGUGAGAAUGUGACCGUUCUUCAUGGGUGAGCGAGUGAUUGAAUUGUCUGUAUCUGUGUGAGCAAGCUUCACAUCUCUCAGCUGUGUCAUUUCUCUAUGUAAGUACUAUGCAAGUACAGAGAAAAAGGCCACAUUUUUGGUUUCUCUUUAUUUCGCUUCCCUGUACAGUGUACAAAAGCGUGUAUUUUAACAGCAGAGAAAAAAUAGUGGGCAGUGGCUUGAAAAUGAUAGACUUUGCUGAAGCAAGCAGUAUAUCGGAUCCUAUUCUUCAACAUCAACCACAAAAUGAAUCGUUAAGAGACCAUUUAAAGUGAACAAAUCUGAAAAAAUGAUCUGCUGUGGCUGAGCAAAACACACAAUAUUACAAUGGGUUUCUCUGCAUAUUUCUAUUGGAUGUCCUGAUCACUGAACUGCUGUUGGAGCUGUGGAAUUUAGAUGAGUUAAGCACUGAGCCACACUAAUUGCUAUGUGAAAACGAGCAACCACAACUCAUUCUUAAGAAUUUGAAGAACAUAAAGGAAGCAUAGGUAUAGCUCUGAAACCAUGAGAUGUGUCUUAAAGGUUAUAAAUCCUACACAGACGCUAAUUGUAGGUUUUCUGUCUGUGCUAUUUUCGAGCUACACAUAUCGAGCGUAAUGACUUUUCGCCAUGCAAGUCUGAUGGGGGCUGACAUGUUUUGAUCUACAGCGGUAGUUAUGUCGCAUCCUCUGGUCCCCCUGUCUGCUUCCUCCUUUCCUCUUCAUGAGGACCAGUCAGUGCUCACUACCACUGCCCCCUGCUGAAAAUGUGUGAAAGAGAACCUAACUACUCCCAUAAAAGUCAAUGCCUCAUUUUUUAAUAGGUAAAGAGAAGAUUGGAAAGAAAAAUGUUUCCUUAACUCUGUAAACUACCAAUUGUAAAUAAAUGUUUAGCCUUCUUACUUGUAACUAAGAUAAUUUUUAUGCAAUAAAUUAUAUUUCUUAGUUUAACAAGAA